GUCAGCUGCUGCGGCAAGAAGUAAACUACCUGCCAGAUCUUCAGUCUUCCUAAUAAAGAAGUGCCACAGCGAGCAUGGCAAAGUAUAAAUGCCUGAACCAGCCGAAUGGGGCCACAAAUGGAAUUUUGACCUCAGAGAGCAGCGCAUCUCUGGAUCAGCACUAUGAAGAGAAGGUGCGUCCCUGCAUUGACCUGAUUGACUCCCUGCGCUCCCUGGGGGUGGAGAAGGACCUGGCUCUGCCGGCCAUCGCUGUGAUCGGAGACCAGAGUUCCGGCAAGAGCUCCGUACUGGAGGCCCUGUCUGGAGUGGCGCUGCCCAGAGGGAGCGGAAUCGUGACACGUUGCCCUCUGGUUCUGAAACUGAAGAAGGUCAAGAAUGGAAAGCCUUGGCAAGGAUUGCUGACGUAUAAAAAUACCCAGGUUGUCCUGAAAAGCCCAGAGGACGUUGGCCAGGCAGUAUCUGAAGCUCAGGAGAUGAUCGCUGGGAAAGGACAAGGGAUUAGUCACGACAUGAUCACCCUGGAGAUUGGCUCCACAAAUGUGCCAGAUCUGACACUGAUCGACCUUCCGGGGAUUGCCAGGGUUGCUGUGGGGAAUCAACCAAAAGAUAUCGGCGAUCAGAUUAAAAACAUGAUUCGUAACUUCAUCAGGAAACAGGAGACCAUCAGUCUCGUGGUGGUGCCAGCCAACAUUGAUAUUGCCACAACAGAAGCUCUAAAAAUGGCAAAGGAAGUUGACCCACAAGGGCAGAGAACUCUGGGUAUCCUGACUAAGCCAGACCUGGUAGACAAAGGGGCUGAGAAACCUGUGGUGGACACGGUCAACAACCUUGUCGUCUGUCUGAAGAAAGGCUACAUGAUGGUUAAGUGCCGUGGACAACAGGACAUCAAUGAUAAACUGAGUCUAGCAGAGGCCACCCAGAGAGAGAAGUCUUUCUUUGAAAGCCACCCUCACUUCAGGACUCUUCUGGUUAGUGGCAAAGCCACAGUGCCCUUCCUGGCUGAGAGGCUGACUAAGGAGCUUGUGGAACACAUUAGUAGAUCCCUGCCCCAGUUGGAGGAACAGAUUGAUGUUAAACUAGAAAAGACGGCUAGACAACUGAGGAAGCUGGGAGAUGGAGUUCCUCAGGAUGAGCGGCAGAGGGCCAACUUCCUGAUUGAGAAAAUCAACAAGUUCAAUCAUCUCCUCUUUGAAGUGGCCCGGGCAGAGGAAAUGGUGGAAGAGGGCGAGACCAGGGUGUUCACCAAAAUCAGGGAUGAAUUCAACAAGUGGAAGCAACAACUGGACAAGAAGGCCAACAAACUGGAGGAGCACCUGAGGGACGAGGUGGAGGAAUACACCAGGAGCCGCAGGGGAAAGGAGCUGCCCGGAUUUGUCAACUACAAGACCUUUGAGGGCAUCGUGAAGCAACACCUUCAGGACAUGGAGGAGCCCUCUGUCCUGGUGCUGAGGAACGUCACAGAAAUUAUUAGGUGCAGCGUAAACAACAUUGCCAGCUCUCAUUUCGAAGCCUUUCCAAACCUGUUGAGGGUUUCCAAGGCCCAUGUGGAGGAUCUGAGGGAGGAGGAGAACAGGAAGGCUGAGGAGAAACUGCGGUCGCAGUUCAGCAUGGAGAAUACAGUCUAUUCUCAGGACUGCCUCUAUAGCUACCAUCUACAAGCAGUCAAAAAGCAGAAUGCUUACUUACUGACAGCAAAUGCAGAUCUGAAAGAGAUGGCCCAACAUGUGAAAGCAUACUUUAAGAUAACCUCAGACCGACUGGCCAACCAGGUCCCACUGAUCAUACAGUAUCACAUGCUGGAUCAAUACUUCAACCACCUGCAGACCGCCAUGAUGGGCAUAUUUGGACAGGGCGCCAACAUCAGCCACCUGCUCCGUGAGGUCGUGGACAACUCCCGCUUGAGGGAGGACCUCAAGGAGAGGAUGGAACGCCUCAGGAAUGCUCGUCGGCUCCUCGCCAAAUCAGUGCUUACUGGGUAACCACCAGGGGGCAUUAAACUUGUGACGGCUGCAUGACUCAACUUCUGUCUUUGAAGAGGAAGAGGAGGCUUGCUUGUAACCAGUGAAGUCUAAGCUUUUCUGCUGUGUCCUCAGAAUCAUUUGCUAUUUCCUCAAAUGUCCUCUUUCACCGACUACAGCAUUUAACUUUAACAUUUAAGUGUAAUGUAUG